AUGGCAGAAGCAGUUUUCAUUGAUCUGUUUGGCCUGGAAUUGGACUCUCAGGAAAACUGCCAUCAGACAUUACUGAAGACACUAAAUACAGUCCAAUACCACCAUGCUGGCAAGGCUCAGUUCCUGUGUAUAAUAUGUUGCAGUAACAUGAGCUGCGAGUGGGAUAGUGAACAUAAUAAUUGUGAACUGGAAACAAGCAAUGAAUUUUCAGCCUUCUUGAAUGACUUUGAGAUUGUUAGUAAUCCAAGCCUGGCUGCCUCUUUGUACACCGUUAAGCAAAAAAUUAAUGAAAAAAAUGUGAGCAGUAUUAAGGUGAUUGUACCGGUACACAGGACAACACUAAUGAAAGCUUUUAUUGAUCAACACUUUACUGAGGUUUACAGUUUUGAGUUUGAAGAUUUACAGGUAAAGGAUGGCCCUUUGAAGCAGUCCACUGAAGUGAUCGCAGCUCCUGAACUAGAAAUCCAAGAUGAAAUAAAAAUGUAUUUGAGAAGUCUGCCAUCCCUGAAUGGAAAAUUAACUGUUAUUACAUCUUCUCUGAUCCCAGACAUUUUCAUACAUGGAUUUACUACAAGAGCAGGUGGGAUAUCUUACAUAUCAACUCUUAGCUCAUUAAAUCUCUUCAGUAGUUCCAAACGGAGAGAUCCCAAAAUGGUUGUUCAAGAAAACCUGCGUAGGUUGGCAAGUACUGCAGGAUUUAACGCAGAGAAAUUUUACCGAGUAAAGACUGAUCACGCCAAUGAAGUCUGGAUUAUGGGGAAAAAAGAGCCUGAAUUUUAUGAUGGAAUAACCACAAAUCAGAAAGGAGUCACAAUAGCAGCUCUUGGUGCUGACUGUAUACCUACAGUUUUUGCAGAUCCUGUUAAAAAAGCAUGUGGAGUUGCUCAUUCUGGAUGGAAAGGUACUUUGUUAGGUGUUGCUAUGGCAACAGUAAAGGCAAUGAUAUCAGAAUAUGACUGUCGUUUGGAAGACAUUAUUGCUGUAUUGGGACCUUCAGUAGGACCUUGCUGUUUUACUUUUCCCAAAGAAUCAGCAGAUGCAUUUCAUAAUCUUCAUCCUGCAUGUGUACGACUGUUUGACUCACCAGAUCCCUACAUCGACCUCCGUAAAGCUGCUAGGAUUCUUCUAGAACAAGAAAGAAUUCUACCACAGAAUAUUCAGGACCAGAACCAAGAUCUCGACCUCUGUACAUCCUGCCAUCCUGAAAAUCUUUUCUCCUUCGUGUGA